UUAAAAAACGCCGCCAGUGAAUCAGUGGUGCGGGAACUUGGAACCGCGGAGGCGCCGGGAGCGGCCGAGCACGCACCCCGUUGGGGCACGCGGCCAGGACGCUCCCGGGCUUCUCCCGGACGCCAGCCUCUGUCCCCGGACCCCGAAGGCCGAGAAGAAGCCGCGGGGCAGCCACCCUCCGCGCCCGCCAUGGGCCCGCGCCGCCGGAGCCGCAAACCCGAAGUCCCGAAGAGGCGCACCGCGAGCCCGACCCCCAGCCCCCCCCGGCGGGGCCCCUCCUUAGGCGCUUCCUCCCGUCAGCGUGGUCCGCGGAGAAGUCGGGUUCUGAAGGAGAUCCGAAAGCUUCAGAAAAGCACAGACCUGUUGUUAAGGAAGAGCCCCUUUGGCCGCCUGGCAAGAGAGAUAUGUGUUAAAUUCACUCGUGGUGUGGACUUCUACUGGCAAGCCCAGGCCCUGUUGGCCCUACAAGAGGCUGCAGAAGCAUUUCUGGUUCAUCUCUUUGAGGACGCCUAUCUUCUCUCCUUACAUGCCGGCCGCGUUACUCUCUUCCCGAAGGAUGUGCAGCUGGCCAGGAGGAUCCGAGGCAUUCAGGAAGGGCUUGGCUGAGCUCCCGCCACCUGUCUCUGUAAGCCUUUCCUGCUUGCCGGAGAGAGUGCUCUCUGGGGAGGAAGCACCCAGCGUCUCGUCGCCGGGAUGGGAGUUGCUCUGAAGGAGUUUCCAUCCUUGGUCCCUUGCUGUCUCACCUUCGCUUUGUUCUCUAGGAAAGGUUCGACUUGGUUUUAGCUUGAGCGCUUGGGAUUCUAUGGCUCAUGCGCUUUUGUACAACGUUGAAUAAAGAUCUUUAUCUAUUUAGUAAUCACCAGGCGACAUGAAUCUGUCAGAGUUCAGCCUCUAUCUCACAAGGACCAGAUGACUCGUUUUGAUUAAGAAGAGGUUUUCUUAACUUUUGAAAAUGUCUUGUUUGGUGUCAAAUGUGAUGCCUGAAUUUCAGGGAUGAUACCAGGGACUCUGUCCGGAGCCAAGAACCGAUCCACGAAGUGCGAGGAGAUGCCUGGACUUGUUGCUUUUGUAACUGGUUGUUUUAAGAAGGAGAAGGCUACGUGGCUUUCCUCUGUAACAGAGGUGAUCUGUGAGAAAAUCAACAUCAUUCCAAAGGACUCAGAGUUCUUUUUAGCUAAUGAGACUCCAAGGUUCACUUCGGUUUGCAAAUUAUUCACAUGACUGCUGAAUGAUUUUGAAGACCUCAGAUUUUCUGGGUUAUGGGAAAAAAGGAUAUUUCCUUAUGGUUUUAGAUCUUCCUGCACCGUUUAAAUUUUUUGCCCGAUGUAUAUUUACUUUUCUUUAAAACAUAAGGGAAAAAAAUAAAAGCCAACCGCUUCCAUCGGUUGCAGGAAGAGCCGGGCACGCCUAGCGCUUACGUCCCUGCCCCUCGGUUACUGUCAUCAUUAGCGGCGGCGGCCAGUUCUCGUGUGAGCUUCACCUGUCCACAAGUGUGUAGCUUUUUAAAAACCCAAUUCAGGUUAAAAUAGGAAAUCUUUAAGUUCUGACGUUCUGGUUCCUUUUAACAAGUUCCUAUCAAAGGCAUUCAGAAAUUCUAGCUUGCAGGUUUUAUUUUAUCCUUCUUUGUGAAUCCUAGAAGACGUGUCUUCAUUUUUAUACUUUAGAAUUUGUCGUUCCAGGAUUGUAAAGCGCCUUUUCAAAGUUUUUACAAGUGUUUUUUAUAACUACUUUGCAGAGAGAGAAUAAAAAUUAGACUAAUUCUUUAAUGGCAAAAAUGUAAAGCAAAGUUUCAGUUACAGCGUAUAGAGAUACUACGUGUCGUAUGUGUGAAUGUUCAGUUCUUCAUUUGUACGCUGUUUUGCAAGUAGCCACUCUUUAAACAAGAGAAUUGAGGGGUGUGUUUUUGCCUCCCGUGGAGUAGAGUAUGUAUGAGCAGAUAAAAACGUUGCCCUUCCGUUGUCAUAACUAAAAGCAGUGUAAGAAGUUUGCAGAGAAAUGGAAAGCGCCACCAGUAGGCUUUUAAGAUUUUGCGUGUGACGGAAACGAUUAGCGAGGGUGGACUUCUGACACGGAUAUGCCUGGCAACCAAAUUCCAAGACUAGCUGAAGGGAAGGACCAAGUUCUAUCAUUGAAUAAACUUUAGCCCUUUGGAAAAACUUCUUCCUGUUCAACAUCAAUUCCUAUUUAUGCAGACAUCUGAAUAACGCUUAUCUGUCAAUGAAUAUAUUUAAAAUGCUUGUCAGAGUAUUAUUAAUUAGAAGACUGUCUCCUCUCUUAAAUUGUACUAAGCAGGGUUGCCUGGCUGGCUCAGUCAGCAACGCAUGCAACUCUUGACUUUGGGGUUUGUGAGUUCAAGCCCAGGUCAGGCAUGGAACCGUCUUUCCAAAAAAAAAAAAAUUUAUUUUAAUAAAUAAAUAAAAUGUACUACCCAGGACACACAUGCAACACUGGUCACACGCCAGGCAGGACCCACCAAGUAGUAUUUACUGGGUAACACCAGAAUAAGUAAUUUAAAUCAUGAUAAUGUUAUAUAAUAAUGUUACAGUUUACUAUAAACAGUACUUAACAUUGUUGGAGUUCUGCGUUUGUUUUUCUGGGUGAUUCCAUCACCAUCUUUAACCUUUCCGUUCGAUUUUAUUUCUGCUUUCACAUUUUUAAUGUCUAAGUACUCUUAGUUUUGUAAAUAUUUCUUUAUUGUAGCAUCCCAAUCGGUGUUCACUCAAAAAACAAAACAAAACAAAAAAACCCAGAAACCAACCUGGAUAUUUCCAACAAAGAAGAACUUAGUGGAAAGGACUGGUUAAAUAACACCAGGAGGGCUGGAAGAGCAGCUGGGAAGAGAGGAUACUACCCAAAGAUCAGGAAGCUGCUGGCAUCCACAGCCCCCACCGCAGGUGCUCUGCCAGAAGCACCCCCACCAGCGCCGUGUAAGCCGCACCUGCUGCUUACUGACCAGGAACUCGGGGAGCCCCUGCUCCAUCCGGUGCUGCUGGAGCCACCACUGACCCCAAGGAUGCCCUUCUCCUCUGCUGCUUCUGCCACAGGCCCUGCCAAACCGCAGAAGAAAAACCUCCCCUUUUUCCUCCCACCUUCCAGCCCCCACCAGCAUCUUCCACUGGCAACCAGAAGCAGCUGCAGGAGAGCCUGGGAAUACAACUGGCCGCCUCCUAACCCCUCUGUGGUUCAGAGAACUCAAAAGGGCAAGAAGGGAGCUUGGAGCCUACAGAGACCUCAUCUGCACAACGUCCCAGUCUGGUUUUGUGGGUGUGAUGCCCACGUUCAAGAUGCAAUAUUUUUGUUACUGGUUUUUGUUUUCCACAUGGUCUCUGAUUCUUUCAAAGUUGAUUUUUUUUUUCCCUCCUCUUUGUUCUCGUCUCUCGCGCGAGGUUUUCCUUUAAUGUUUAACAACCCUUGCAAUGAAGAAUGGCACACGAGGAAGCUACAGGGGAGUCUGAGUGUGCAGACAGACUGGCCCGGCAGCCGUGCGGCCGGGGGGCGGUCGGCCGGGCCCUUUUUGAGCAGCCCUGUUCUCUCAGGCUCACCAGCAGCCCCUGGGAGUGUCCUCCAGCCUGCGGGGAGGAGGCAGGCCUAGCUGGGUCUAGCUGCUGGCUGCAAGAGGUGAGGAAAUCCAUAUUUAAAAUCCGCUCUGCAUACACUUCCUUAUUCUCCCUGGCCUUGUCUCCCAUUCCCCUGGGGUCCAGAGACCCUCAUUUCUUUCUUCUCUUGAGAAUGAGUCUCCAGGCUGGUGCUGGGAUGGGGGGAGAGAGUCACCCAGUGACAGUGCUAGGAGAGGAACACCAAGGGAGCUGCCUCCUGAACAGCACAACCAGUCCUCUCUGCUAGCCCACCCCGUGCACACCCCGACGCAGAGGGACCCGGUGCCCCCGGUUGUCGAGCCUUAAGAAGAUUCUGCUGUGUGGGUUGUGAUGGUCCUGACUUUCCCCACUGCUGGCUUGGGGAUCCCCCUCUCGUGGGCUUGUGGGGGCAAUUUCUGUUGUCCAUCUGCCUUCUGGCUUUUAGGA